AUUGCUGCCACAACUCAUCUGAUCAGAUCUGGUCCUACUUCUCAUUCGCUUAAGCCCAAUUUGAUUUUCACUGUUCACUGUCUCCUCCUUUUCCCAACCUUGCAGGAAAUAUCUAAAUCUAAUGCUACUUACAAUUUGUUGUGCUGUAGUUGGUUAUCAGAGUGAGCUUUUCUUCAAUUUCUUGUGUUUUCUACAGGAAAUAUUCGUAGAUCUACUACUACUUCUAAUUUGUUGUGCCUAAGUUGGCUAUCAUUGUCCACUUUUCUUCAAUUUCUUGUGUUUUCUAUAGGAAAUAUCUGUAGAUCUACUACUACUUCUAAUUUGCUGUGCAUAAGUUGACUAUCAUUGUCCACUUUUCUUCAAUUUCUUGUGUUUUCUAUAGGUUUACCUUUAGCUAUCGUUGUAAUAGCUAGGAGCAUGAGGGGAGAAAAUGAUAUUUCUGUGUGGAGAUAUGCUCUGCGUGAAUUAAGGAGCCGUGUAAAGAGGGUGGAAGACUGGGAUGAGGAAAUAUUUCAACGGUUGAAAUUUAGUUAUGAUCGUUUGAAUGAUCCAGCACUUAAGAAUUGUUUCCUCCAUUGUUCCCUAUAUCCUAAAGAUCGGAGUAUCGAGAGAGAUGAAGUAAUACGAGACUGGAUUGACAAUGGGCUGAUUGAACAGUUAGACACUAGAAAAGAAAUGCAUGAAAGAGCCAAUUUUAUUUUAAUUAGUCUCAUAAAUAAAUGCUUGAUAGAGAGAGUGGAGUAUUACCCAGGUUAUGGUAUAAGGAUGCAUGAUGUGAUGAGAGAUAUGGCAUUGCAAGUUGCUGGUCCUAGAUUUAUGGCAAAAGCUGGUUUGUUGCUAACAGAGGUACCAGAAGCAAAUGAAUGGACGGAAAACCUUGAGAAGGUUUGGCUCAGAGCAAAUAACAUAACAGAUUUUGCUUCUAGUAUGUCUCUACACUGUCCAAAACUCUCAAGCUUGGACUUUUCGUGGAACCGUAAUUUGAGGCAGAUUCCAGAUUCCCUUUUUGUGCACAUGAUCGGCCUUAAGUUUCUAACUCUCUCUGGGACUGCCAUUGAAGCUUUACCAGAUUCCAUUUCCAUCUUGGAAAAUCUCACUGUAUUACGGCUUGAUUAUUGUUGGGAAUUAAGAUACAUGUCUCCGUUGGUAAAGUUGAAGGCAUUGAAGAAGUUGGAUCUAAAUAAAGCAGGGAUUGUGGAGGUCCCACAAGGCAUGGAAACGUUGGUGAAUCUCCAACAUCUUAAUCUAUGUUGUCCAAAUCUGGUGGAGCUACCAACGGAAAUACUCUGUAACCUCACUCAUCUCCAGUUUCUUGCAGUGCAUUUGAAAUCUACUAGUUUUGCAAUCAAAGAAGAAAAGGUGAUUAGGCUGAAGAAGUUGGAGACUUUUACAGGUAAAUUUAAGGACCUACAAGGCAUUAACGAUUUUGUAAAGUCUUUUCAUCAGGAUCAAAAGUUCACUAGGUACUGGCUUAGGGUGGGAUUAACUGAUGAUCCGAGGCUUGCUUUUAAGGGGAAGAUGAGUUUAGUUGGAUUUGAAACGGGAAGAGAUUACUAUGAAUGGCUCCCAGGUGCGGAAUGCACAAAGAUUAUGGCUUUAUGGGGAGUGGAAAUUGGAAGAGAUGAUUCUGUAUUGCUUCUAAAUGACUUUCAACUUUUGACGAUUGCAGAGUGCGACGAUUUGAAAAUCUUAAGUGAGACUUCUUUGUUCAAUACAGCAACAGAUUUAAGAUAUUGUGAUAUCUAUUAUUGUGAAAGGUUAGAGUGCAUGCUUGACUUAUCCUCAUCGUCCUCAGUCUGCAGCUCAUUUGAUAAGCUUGAAAUUCUAUGGCUCAAUAAUUUGCGUAACUUGCAAGUACUUGUGAAACUGGAAGCUCAAGCAGCAUCGGCUCCCUCGACAUCACGGGCACCAAGACCAACACCUUCUUCCAUAUUUUCCAACCUUAAAAUUUUUGAAAUAAGAAACUGUCCAAGAAUCAAGAAGCUGUUUCCAUUUGAGCUGUUGAAAGGUCUCCAAAACUUGGAGGAGAUUGGUGUUGAAGAUUGCCAAAGAGUGGAGGAAAUAAUAGAAGCGGGAGACGAGAAAGAAACUAUCACAACAGUGGGAAACAAUGAAACCAUCAGAUUAGGUCUUCCGAAAUUCAGAAAGUUGAGUUUAAGGGAAUUACCAAAAUUGAAGAGUAUCUGUACUACAAGAGGAGUAAUGGUUUGUGAUUCUCUUCAAAGUAUUGAAAUAUAUGACUGUCCUAUGCUAAAUAGGAUCCCUUUAUAUCUGCCCCUGCUUCCCAACGGUGAGCCCUCUCUGCCUUCUUUACUUAAAGAAAUCCGCAUAGAGUCUAAAGAACGGUGGGAAUUGCUGUUAUGGGACAAUCCUUCUGCUAAGGAUAUCUUCCUUCCCAUCUUAAAGCCAGACAAUGAUCAUUCACUUCACAAGGGAUUUGAUGACCUAAAAGACUUCAACAAUUUUGUCAAGUCUUUUCAUGGUCAAAAGCUUACUAGCUAUGAGCUUCUUGUGGAAGCAACUGAUGAUGAUGAUGAUUAUGAUGAUGAUGGUUAUGUUUCUGAUUCUGAUUUCGAAAUCGAUGAUGAUGAUGAUGAUUGCUCUAAGCAGUUAAUUUUGAGGGGAAUGGAAAUCAAUGACGAUUAUCCCAUAUUGCUUCCGGAUGACCUUCAGUUUUUGGUCAUUGUAAAGUGCUGCGGCUUGAAAAGCUUAAACGAUUCUUUUUUAUUUAAAGCAUUAUCAGAUUUAAGAUCAUGUACAUCGUGUCCACCAACACAGCCUUCCAUCUUUUCCAAUCUUAAGCAUCUGGUCAUAUACAAAUGUCCAAGAAUCAAGAAGUUGUUUACAUCUGAGUUGUUGAAGGUUCUCCAGAACUUGAAGGGUAUUUAUGUCAAGGGGUGCGCAGAAAUGGAGGAAAUAAUAGAAGUGGAAGAAGAGAAAGAAACACUCAUGACAGAUGGAGAAAAUGAAACAAUUACUUUCAUUCUUCCCAAAUUGACGCGCUUAUUGUUGAAGGGCUCACCAAAACUGAACAGCAUCUGUACUGCAAGAGGAGUAAUGGUGUGUGAUUCUCUGGAAAUAAUUGGAAUAUUUAAAUGUCCAAAGCUAAAGAGGAUCCCUCUAUACCUGCCCCUGCUUCCCAAUGGAGAGGUCUGUUCUCCUCCUUCACUCAGAAAAAUCUGCACAAAGUCAGAAGAAUGGUGGGAAUCACUGGUGUGGGACAACCCUUCCAGUAGGGAUAUCCUCCUUCCAUUCCUAAAAAUAAAAGACGAUUGGCUUUCCGAGUUAGAGGAAUUGACAGACGCUUCUGAAACUAAAGAUGAAUAAUCUAGCCUCCACAAGAGUUCUUACAAUGUCGAAGCAAAUUUCUUGAGUAGAGGAGCAAAGCAAAAGCAAAUGAGAUUCGCCUCAUGUGGUAUGAAUUGUGAUGAUAUUGUUAUCUUCAUUUCAUCUGACAUUAGCCCACUUGAACUUCGAUUAAUGCUUGUUUUCUUGUAUAAUCAGUACUUUGUUAAUGUUGCACUGGCAAUUUCCAUCCAAAUGAUUUCUAUUGAUGAUAGUUUGCUUGAUGAGUAACUCUGUUAAAGACAGCUUAAUUUCUUGUAUUGUGUUGUGUAAUGAACAAUGACACUGCUC